AUAACAUUGGAACAUUCGCCUGAAAGAGGGUGGGGGAAGCGAUGGUUCGAGUCUCCGGCAUUUAAGUCUUUUUUUAGCCUUUAUUAUGCGACUUAUGGCCUUCCCUCGUGUCCAGUAAUUACAAGCAGAAUUUAGACUUUGGUGCGGACUUAUUUCCGAGGUAACAUGACGGAAUACAAGCUCGUGGUGGUUGGAGCUGGAGGCGUUGGGAAGAGUGCACUUACUAUUCAACUUAUUCAAAAUCACUUUGUCGAUGAAUAUGACCCAACCAUAGAAGAUUCAUACCGUAAACAGGUCGUCAUUGAUGGGGAGACGUGUCUACUGGAUAUUCUCGACACAGCCGGGCAAGAAGAAUACAGUGCAAUGCGAGACCAGUAUAUGCGAACUGGGGAAGGGUUCCUGCUUGUUUUUGCUGUCAACAAUGCAAAGUCUUUUGAGGAUAUAAGUGCAUAUCGGGAACAGAUAAAACGAGUAAAGGACGCAGAUGUGGUACCUAUGGUUUUGGUGGGCAACAAAUGCGACUUGCAGGUGCGUGCAAUGGACAUGCAGCAGGCACGAGAAGUGGCCAAGAAUUACGACAUUCCUUUCAUUGAGACCUCUGCCAAGACCCGCAUGGGUGUCGACGAUGCCUUCUACACUUUAGUAAGAGAGAUCAGGAAAGAUAGGGAACGUCGUGGGAAGGUUAGGAUCGGAAGUAGGAACAGCAAGAGGAAGUGCAUUGUGUUCUAGGAGGACUGUGUGUUGUGUAGACUAAAUAAGCCUAAUGGCAUUAAACCUAUUUGUUUCCGUAACUGUCAUGAAAGUUAACUUCAUGCCAGUGCCAUUUGACAACUAAAUUCUGCCACUUUUUAUUUUUAUUUAAUGUUUGUUGUUUAUUGUGUUGAUUUUGAUUCUUGUUCUGAAUAUUAUCAUUAUUUUUAUUAUUGUUGUUUCUCUUUAUUUAAAUUUUUUCUUCAUUUUAUAGUUUUUUGUUUGUUUUUUUUAUGUAUUCAUCUUUUUUCUUUUUUCUUUUUUUUUCAUCCUUUUUUCUUUUUUUCUUUUUUUUUCUUUUCUUUUUUUUUAUAUUAAUUUUUGAAAGUUGGGAGGAGGAGCUACAGUUCUCGGAAGGCGUCACCUGUACGGAUAACUUCGCACCAACUUCCUGGCUGCCGCGAAUUACAGAAAUUUCUCUCUCGACUUUGUGUGAAUCAGUGGUUAUGUCAUUCUCAUUUCAGUUUUGUGUAAUUAUUAUACAGAACCUCAAUUGCAUAUAACAUCAAUAGAAAAGAAAAAAAAAUGACUCUGAAUGUUUAAAAAGAAAAAAAUGUUAAUAAUGAUAAGCAAAAAAAUUAACCCAAAAAAAUAUAAAUAAAAAGCAAAAAAAAAAAAAUGUAUAUAUAUAUAUAUAUAUAAGUUUAAAGAGUAACCCCCACCCCCCAAAAUUGGCCAUCUUUGUCAGUCCAGAGUAAAACCUUGUGCAUGAUAUGAGAAAUGUUUUACAAAUAUUUUAAAAAAAAAAAUACCCCCCCCAAAAAAUUAUAAUAAUAAAUCACUAACAAUGAAGGAUCCUACAAGCGCAAAGAGGAGUGAGUGAGUGAGUGAGCGGUACACGAAGAAGAGGAAGAAAGGAAGAAAAGACAGAAGGAGAAAAAGGAAGGAAGGAGAGAGAGAGAGAGAGAGAACAACUGCUAACAUCUCCGAGAAGUGGACGAUGGGGCUAUGGCAACACUCGCCCAGACAUGUCCGAUCUCCCAACUUUCCUUAACGUGCCCGUGUGGUAGAGUCAAAAAUAUUAAAUAAAUGAAUAAAAACAUAAAAAAACAAAAACAAAAAAAAAAGGUCUGAAAAAAAUAUAUAUAUAUAUUAAAAGUUUUAGAAACUUAGCUUGUAUGCUUUUUGUAUGUUGGAAUUUUCAAGAUAGUGUUUCUCUUUUUAUAUCAAUGAUGAAACUGUGGUCAGGUGGACAAGAGAGCAGUGGAGUAGUCAUUACGCAAGAAAAAGAAAGAAAAACAAAAACAAAGACGAUUGAACACCAAGCUUAGCUGGGGGCAAGUAGAACACAGGAGCACAAACUUUUGUAUAACAAAAAAAUAAAAAUAAAAAAUAAGCCAAUUGUGAUUCAACAGGGAAGGGCACAAUUACAGCACAAUUUAGGGUAAGAAAAUUGUAACAUUUACUGCAGGUUGAUUCUUAAAAAGAGAGAGAGAGAGAGAGAGAUAAAGGGGAAAAAAAAUGAGACAAUUGUAAAUAUUGUUGAAAUUAAAUUGUGAAUGCACAAAGCCACUGAACCUUAUAAAACACGAAAAGGAAUAAUCAUGGUAAGAAAUAAUGAAUAAAAAAGAACAAAAUAAGACCCACACUUCCCCAGGAGGAUGUGGGACUCAAUCCAGCUUACUUUUUCUUUUUUCAUUUUCUUUUUCUUUUUUUUCUAGUUUCUUUUUUCUUUUUCUUUUUUUCUUUUUAUAUAGUUGUUGUGUCGGCUUUUCAUAUCACUGUCAGGGUUUGCCAUUCAUUAUAAGCAUUGGAGACAGAAGAAUAGUAAUGGCACAGCAUGGAAGGUUUCCUUUAAAAAAAAAAAAAAAAAAAAAAAAAGUUGGCAGAAUUCUUUUUAAGCUGUUAUUUAGAAUUUCUAUUUUAUUAUUGCUAAGAAAAAGAAAAAGAGAACUUCAUCCAUGUGGUUAACUAAGGUAAUCCAGGUUUAAUGUAGUUGCCCAAAAUAGUGGCCUCAUCUCUUGACUGUUUAUUUUAUUUGUUAUAUAUUCAUUGAUUUUAUUUUUUUUUUUUUUUUUUUUUUUUUUUCUUUUUUCUUUUUCUUUUUUUUCUUUUCUUUUUUCUUUUUCUUCCCUAUUUUCUGUGCUUGAUCUGGGUUGCCUUUGUUUGCGGACAAUUGUAGCUGCAGUGUGUGCCUAACCUGGUUUGCCAUUUGUAUGGUUGACUGGACUGUCAGUAUUAAUAUUGAUAUUGACUCUAGAUGGAAGAAAUCUUGUAUUAACAGUAAGUGUCAACAUGAAUACGGCUGGUGCAACUACCUGGAACAAAUUUUUUGUUUGGAUUCUGAUAUCGAGGAUAGAUAGAUAUGUUAUUGUAUAUGUCCAUUAAGUUUUAUUUUCACAUUUUUUUAUCAAUUAUUUUUCCAUGUUCAAAUGUUAUUAAUACCAAACAUGAAAAAUCAAGGAUUUUUCAUAUGAUCUAGUGUAUAUGUCAAUAAAAUUGGCUGGCUGUAGUUUUUCAACAAAUCACCCAUGGAAGUGUCAUACAGGUUGUAUUAUUAACGUGCAGUUUCCCUCGUGCACUCCGGCUUUCCAUUAUAACCAACAUUUACCACCCACAAAGAAGCAACUGGCAACUUUUUGGAGGAAACGGAAGGCUGGCAAAGCCUUUGUCGUCUUAAGAUGUAACACUAACAGUUCGAGAACAAAUUAAAAAAAAAAACUUGGGGUUUCUAUGAGUAAUUUAACUUUAGGCUCAAUAACUACUUAAAUGGUGUCUGAAAAAAAUAUAUAUCUAUAAUACCUCUUUCAUUUCUGUCCUAUUCCAUUGUUUUGUUUGUAUUUUCGGAUUGGCCUUUUUUUUUUUUGCCAUUCAUAAGGGGGAGCUCCCUUAACCUCAGACUGUGUGAUGAUGGAUUACAGUUUCACAUGGCAGAUGCUAUACAUUUUAUACAGAAGGAAGAUGAUAGAGAAAAAGAAAUUGCAUCUUUACAUAUUGAUUAUUGUGGAUAUAUAGAAAUUUUACAUAUAAUCCAUAAUAACUCUCUUAUAGUUACAUUCAUAGUCUGUUUUCAUCUCACUCUUUUGUCUCUCUAUCUUUUCUCUCCUUUCCUUUCCCUAUCCCAUGCCUCCCCUCUUUUCUCUCAUUUUUUUUCCUUUCUCCCUUCACCCCCUGUUUGUACUCUCAUUUUCUUUGUUGCAAUAGUUUUUAUUAUUUUUAUCAUAGACUUAUCUGUUACUUGCUCAUUGUAUUUUGUUCUGUCAGAGCCAUUCAAUACAGAGAUAUAUAAGUAUGCACACCCUAGGUCAGUUGUGUGAAAGAUUAUUCUGAAAUGUUUAAAAGGUUUUGCAGUGCUGCUGUUGUAUGAUUUUUAAGUGAAUUGAAGAUGGUCACAAGUUAAUUUUUUUUAAUUUUUAUUUUUGUGUAAUGAUUUUUGUCCAGUUAGUGAAAGGCAUUUGUGCAAGAUUAACAGCUUAUUAACUCCAAUGUCUAACUAAAUGAAAAUCGAUCACAUACCAAAUUUGCCUAAUUAACACCCCUUGGGAAGGAUUUUGUGCGAGGUGUGAAUGUACGAUGUUUGUUACUAUUUCAAUAGCAUGUUCGAUUUCAGAGCAUUUGCUUCUGAUCAUUCACUGGAAAUAAUGAUGGCUGAUCUUUGCUUUACCAACCAGGAAAAUCAUUACCUAAACAGAAGUUUGGUGUUUGGGAUGAGAAACAGCCUCUUUUUUAACAAUUGGUGCAAAAGUGCUGAUUGUGUGUUCAAUCCAAUUGGAGCUAGUGUAAUGAGGCAUUAGAAUAAUGGUUCUUCCAUAAUGGAUAAAUGAAGGUUUUCGAGUAUUGAUAUGUCAUAAUUGACCCUUGAGUCUUCAUAGGUAAUUUCAAUUCUUUAAUGUAACUUGUCCUCGACCAGUUGGCUUGGUUUGAUAUCUGUCUUGGCAUGAACAGACAUCUCGCCAAUCCAAUGUUUAGGCCUGGUAUCUAACAGUACUAUCAAGAUGAAUUGAUGUCUGUAUCAGUUGAUUUAUUUUGAAUGAGUCUUUGUUAACCCAUUGGUUGAGCAGGCAUCCUUAUCAACCCAAUUGUAUGCCAUGGCCCCCCCCUUUUUUUUUUCCUUUUCUUUUCUUUUUUUUUUUUUUUUUUUUUUUUUAUUGUCAUGUUGGCUUGGCUGGGACUCUAGUCAUUCCAUGUGUGGUCUUGGUUUGACAAGGGUUACACCUGCUCCCCUUUGCGUAUAGGAAAGAUUACUGAUAUCUAUGUGUUCAUUAUGUUAAGUCAUUACAUUUUGUCACUGAUUUAUGGUUAUUAAGGAACUGUGAUUGUUCAAAGGAAGCGUUUUCUUACCUACUACAUUAAUUAUUUAAUAGAUUUAUGUUAAUAGAUUAAAGGAGUGCAGUGGGUAUCAUAGUAUGGGAUACUACCUGUCAUGAAGCUUCAUACUCUUAAUAAACCUGACUAAAGGAAAGCAGCACUAGUUAGUGAUACAUUAUCCAUGAUUUUUGUGUUAUUUAUUUUUCUUUCGAGAGUAGCCAGGCAUGUAUAUUUUCUUAAAAAGAAACAAACAAAGAGCUUGGUAAUCUGUGCUAAAAUAUUUCUGCUCAUUACACCAUGAAACAUUUUUUGGACAAUUAUAAAAUGAGAAUGAAAAUACACAUAACCCAUGUAUUUAUGGAAAACAGAUUGCUGAAUUGAAGAAUAAUUUGCCUCUCCACAGAAGGUGACGAGAAGAAAUCAAAUAAGAGAGUUGCAAUUUACCACCGUGUUUCAGGUGAUGCUUCAUUAUGUGGGCAGCCAGAGUAUCUCAGGAGUUCUAAGACUAGAUCCAAAAUCAGAAAACAUUUCAGACAUGCAAAUUUUGUUUCAACACUCAUCCAAGCAGAAUCUCAUGAAAAUGACACAAAAAUUCUGUUUACAGACAUGUCAGGUGCAAGACACAGAUUUGUUUAAAGUUAAGAAUGUUCCAUGUUACUUCAUGUGGCUUUUGCAGUAACUUGUUCUUGGUCCUGAUUUAUUUUUUUAUUUUUGUUGAUUUUCAUUUAUAAUAAAAUUAUUAAAUGAAAUCAUCUUUGGCCUUAUUGAAUUUCAAGUGUUUAAGAAAAACAUUGAUGAUAAAUAGAAAUAAAAUGCCAGCUUAAACAAAAAAAUAUUGCAUUUCAGAGGAUGACACCUAUUCCUGGCAAAAAUGUGUGCAAUACACUUCAUUUGCACAUUUAUAGAUAAUGCUAUUUCCAUUGUCUUUAUCCUCCUCUCUCCUUCCUCCCUACCUCCCCUCUCUUUCCCUCUCUCUCCCUCACCCUCACCUCUCUUUAUAAUUCUUUUUUCUUUACUUGCAGUCUCCAUUUUCUCAGCUUUUGCCUAGCUGCUACCAUGAAACAUCAUCUGGGAAAAGUAAAUGUGAUUUUUCAUUCAUUAAAUUUAAUGUAUUUUUGUGAGAAAUGCAUGAUGUAAGUCAUUUUUGGUCUACCGUUAUUUCAAGAGUUCAAUAUAGUUACUUGUAAAGAGUCAACUGAUGAAUAGGAUUUGGAGAAGGAAUAGGAAGAAAAAACACAAAUAUAAACUAAUUUUCCAGAUAUUGAAAAAAUCUAUGAUAAUUCCUUUAUAAAUCUAUUUAUCUUCAUAUUCCUCAUGGAUUCAGGUUAACAUUAUGAUUAAAUGAUCAAAAUACAUGUUGAUCAUUAAUUAAUGCCUUUUAAGCUCAGCAGUUCUAGCAUGAAUUUAAUCUAAGCGAAUGGCAGUAUUCUAUAAUGAAUAAGCAAUAUAACUAUAUUUGCUCUCCAUUACCUCUAGUGAAGUAAUACUAAAUGGAAAUAACGUGCAGUCAAUUCUAACAUAUAAUGGAAAAUUCAGUGCCAUGCAACAUAUUAACAUUUUGAUACCAUAAUUUAAAGGGCUAUUGAUGUGGAGUGAAAAGCAUAGAAAAUCACUUAUGAUCCUUAUUUAUUACAAAAGCAUUUACUUGGCAAAUAGAGGAUAUUAGCAUGGGAGCUUUGAGAAGGUUGACAUUUAAAUUUCUUCAAACAUGGACAAGUGAAAUGUAGUAUAUAGACCUUAACAGUUUGUCCACAAGUACAUGAAUACAAUUCUAAAUAUUGAGCAAACCCUAAUAAAAACAUGGUUGAUCAGUGUAUUUAGAAAAUGAGUGAAGGGACAUUAACACCUCCUUGCUUCAUAUUCAGUGUAAUAUAUGCAGCCAAGUUCUCACAGGAAGAGGGGUGGGUAGACGUACCAUUAUGUGGCUUCUGCAGUGUGGAUGAUUUUGUUGUAUAUUAUUUUUUAUUAAUAUUAUUUUGUUUGUUGUUGCACAGUGCAGUAAGAAAAUGGGGAGUGGAUGUGUGAAUACCCGAUGGGAUGGCCGCAUUCAGGCACCUUUAUAUUCUUUUACAGAAGCAGUGGCAAGUAUGUUAAUACUCUGUGGAUAAUUUUGGGAGGAAAAAAAAAAAAAAGAUGUAUGUUUCAUAGAUUGUCCUGUUGUUUACUGGGUUGACUAGAAAUAGUUGUGUAAUGAAGAAAAAUAUGAAUAGUAUUAGUUUUUAUUUGCUUGUUGUUAAAAAUGGUGUAUGAGCAUUCCACGUGGCAAUGUAUGUGAAGAUUAAUGGCGAAAGAAGUGUAUCAGGCUUUUACUCAAGAAAUUACAUAUUGCUA